CACGAUGGCCGCGUCUGCUCAAAGCACGUUAGAGGGCAUCGAGCGUCGCCGCGCGCAGCUCCAGGAGAGCGUUGACAAGCUACGGCGCGCCCUCACCCACUGGACAACAUGGGAGGCCGAGUAUCAGAUGUUCAAGGAGGAGAUAGAGACGGCCGAUGACCCCUCCCGAUCACAGAUGCGCACCAUAGCGCAGGAUCUCGAGGCUUCUCUGCUGAAUGAGAAGGAGGUCAACGAGCUCCUCGGCAAAGACCGCACUGCUAACCAAGUCGUUGACCUCGUUCAACGGCGCAUUGACUAUGUACAGCAGAACAGCGUUGGCGUCGAAAAGCAGCUCGAUGCUGUUGAGAAGCAACUUGCAGGCGUCGACGUCCUGUUAGAUCCCGGUGUGGACAAUGAAGAGGGGUUGCCCAUGAUGGACAUUGAGGAAGAGUUGGACGAAGAGGGCAACGCCAUCUCGAGCUCGGUCAACCAGACGGGAAAGGGCGCUGCCGAGGUCGUCGAAGCGUUGCGCAAAGCUGGCUUGCAGAAGGCGGACCUGGAGAGGAUGAUGCAGGGUGUCGGGCAGAAGCAGACACCUUCGGCCGACGGCCCUCCAGCUCUAGCAUCCUCAGCGCCCGCUGCAACUGAAGCACAGCCUAGUCCAGCCGAAUCUCCGUCUGAGACUCAAACCAAGCCUGAAGUGCCGGAGACCACAAAGAGGUCUGUGUCUUUCGCGAACGAAGUCGAAGUCGAAGUCGAACCGUCAAGAGCUCGAGUCGCGCUCGAGAAGGAUGGCUACAACGACGACUUGGAAGCUCUGAAUUUCACCCAAGGGACCAAAGUCAUCGAGCUCGACCAGGACGACAACCUGGUCGCUUCGUAUCCCAUCAUCCCACAGGGCGAGUCACCGGAGGACGCCGAGUUGCGGCGGCAAAUGCUCCAGUACGGCCUGUCGGAAGUUGGACAAGUCGUUGCAGAGCUCGACCUCGAUCACCCUACAGCAGAGUACUCAGACUUCGAUGACGACGACGAAGACGACGACGAAGAAGAAGAAGAAGAGGACGAGUACGGGCGCAGCACCAGGCCUGCUGUCACAGACGACUACCGGCAGCAGAUGCUGGAGCUAGAGCGGAAGCUGAAUGCUCGCAUGCUCGAGAACGUCGGACCUCGUUCUGAGGACGACGACACUGUGGAGCAAGCGGAGAGUGUGCGCCUGCUGAAGGUCCAGAGGGACGACAAGUUCGACGACACCAUGAGUGCGGCGAAACCUAAGACAGCGGGCUCGCAGUCCGGGAAGAAGGGCGUUCGUUUCGCUGAUGACCUCGACAUCUCUGCAACUCCACAGCCAGUCCGAGCACCGGAAGCCAGUUCAACGUCAUCGAAGCCAGCCCCAACCAUGUCAGACGUUGUCGUCGAGCGACCCGCACAGCCAUUCCAAGCACCCACAGCUCCCCUCCAGUCAGCGAAGGUGUCGCGCUUCAAGAGCUCUCGCGCAACGCCUCAACCUCCUCGGAUGCUUCCAAACCCGCAAAUCUACGAGCCGCCGCCCGUGCCUGCUGGCCCUGCCGGUCGUCCAUUGGCCAACACAGUCGUCGAGCACAUCCCAUCGUCGUCGGAGCCGGCUGCCCCUGACGAGUUCGACGCUGCGGUGCUCAACCGCGAGAUACAGGCUGAGUACCACAAGGCACGGAACAGGUUCAUCCAGCAACAGGGCGGCUUCAAGCCCACCGAAGAAGACCAAGCCAGCCCGAUCGUGGAAGAGAGGAACGGGAAGACGAAGAAAGUGAGUCGGUUCAUGGCGGCCAAGCUGAGGGCUGAGGGUAUGUAACCGUCGAUAUACCGAGCAACGCGAGGUUGUGGUGUUUCCGUCUCCCGUUCCGUCUCCCGUUCCGUCUCCCGUCCUUUCUCCCUUGUUGGUCACUCGAGAAGUGAUGCUGUGAUGUCAGGAACCAUUCAUGCCUGUGGGGGACACCUAUCUUAUGUGUCAGAUCCCACAUUACAUGGGUCCAAGAACAACCACCAACGAAGCACUCUGACGUGGCUGGCCUGUGCCUUCC